GUGCACGGACUUCUAGAAGGAGUGGAAAGUGGGAAGUGGAAAGGUACUUCGUACAUCCCGUGUCGCGCAUGGACGGCCGACGGUAACAUUUCCGAAAUUCUUCCAACGUCAACCUUUUUUGCGACGAGCGCCUCAAAGUUUCUAACUCCUGCCCGGACCUCCAGGCAGAUUAUACAAUCUUUUAUGUUUUCAUUCUACUAGUCCUUCAAAAAGGGCAAAUGUCCCAUUCCACUGUUUCUUCAAUUCCCCUUCCACAAUCCAUUUAUUCCGCUCAAAAUGGGCAUUUGCGCCUCCUGCCUCGGCAGCCGACGCCGCGACUCGUAUGAUGAAGACGAUGUAUCCCGACUUCUCUUUGACGAUCCGAACAACCUCCAAUAUGGAAGCUUUAGCGAGCACAACAUGAACUCUCAAGCCGACCCGCUCGAAUCGCAACGGGAGGUUGAAGCCCUACAAAGAGUAGUGGCGCGAACCUCCAAUAACCUCGUUGACGUAUUCGAGAUCGCCCCACAAGAGUCUCAAAGGACUCAACCCGCCUUAUUUUCAGGACAAGAAGCUCGCAUGGCCCGCUACCAAAACAUUCUAGCCAAACUCUCAACGGAAACAGAAGCAACUUCGGCAGAUGGUGGACCCGGUACUGUGGAAUGGCUGCUAAGCGAGGAUGAUACCGUCGAGCUACAAGGCAAUCUACCCAGUAUCAAGGAUGAAGCAGGUGGCCCCCUUGUAGGCACAUUUGCAGAUAUAACUGCAGCAAGGACUUGAGAGAAAGCUGCAUUAAUAAACAAAUGACGCCAGCUCGCCAAUUGGGAUUUGUCCUACUCCGCCAGCUGGUGUUUGAAUAUGACUAGCCUAGAGCUAGUGUCGACUUGGUGAUGAAUUUCUAGGUUUUCUAGGUUUUCUAGGCCUGGCAAGGGUUCACCGCGGGUCUUGUUCUAUUCCAAUCUUGGAGUACGCAAUGGAGACCGAGAUGCAUAUACUAAAUUAAGUUAAUAUAAUCACUGUCUAUCCG